UCCUCCUCAAAAUUAGGGCUUGGGUGGUUGGUUAUAUUCUCUUCUAGGUCAGCUUUUGGGCGAUUCUCAUAGAAGUUGCAGGACCUUAAUUCGCCAUCAUGCGAUGGGACACUUAUCUUGAUGACGAGUGAUUGUGGUUAAACAGCAAACUGCCCAUUGUAAUGGACAGUUUUGAAAAGAAACAGGAGAAUGUUGAUGAAUCAACUCCCAUUAAAAAGUGUUCUUGUUCAUAUUGGACGUUAUGGGUCCAUACUUCAAGCUGUUGCUCUAUCAUCUUCAACACCUGAUAGUCUCAUUACCACUGUACUUAACUGCAAAAGCCCCAAAAAGGCACUUGAAUUGUUCAAUGCAGCACCCGAAAAGAAUACUCGGCUUUACUCGGCUAUCAUUCAUGUCUUAGUAGGAUCCAAGCUAUUUUCCCAUGCCAGAUGUUUGCUAAAAGAUCUCAUACAAGACCUCCUCGUAAAAUCUCGCAGGCCAUACCAUGUAUGUCAGUUGGCAUUCAAUGCGCUGAGUAGCUUAAAAACCUCAAAAUUUUCUCCAAAUGUAUAUAGUGAGUUAAUUAUUGUCUUAUCUAAGAUGGGACUUGUAGAUGAAGCUUUGUGGAUGUACCGCAAGGUUGGGGUGGCGGUUGCAAGGCAGGCUUGUAAUGUGCUUUUAGAUGUCUUGGUUAAGACUGGAAGGUUUGAAUUGUUGUGGGGGAUUUAUGAAGAAAUGGUUUCCAAUGGGCUGUCUCCUGAUGUUAUCACUUACGGCAUCCUAAUUGAUGGUCGCUGCCGGCAGGGCGAUCUUUUAAGGGCGCAUGAAAUAUUCGAUGAAAUGAGAGUGAAAGGAAUUGAGCCAACAGUUGUCGUGUACACCAUUUUUAUUCGUGGCCUCUGCUCGGAUAACAAAAUGGAGGAAGCAGAGGGUAUACAUAGAUUGAUGAGGGAAUUAGGGGUACUUCCAAAUGUGUACACUUACAACACUUUGAUGAAUGGGCAUUGCAAGGUGGCCAAUGUAAAACAGGCUCUUAGAUUGUAUCAUGACAUGCUGGGUGAAGAUCUAGUGCCAGACAAUGUUACAUUCGGCAUUUUAAUUGACGGGCUCUGCAAAUUUGGUGACAUCAAGGCCGCUCGGAAUCUUCUUGUGAAUAUGGUAAAGUUUAGUGUUACUCCUAGCAUAGCUGUAUAUAAUUCUUUGAUCGAUGGUUACUGUAAAGCAGGGGAUAUUUCUGAAGCAAUGGCUUUCCUUUCGGAGCUGGAAAGGUUUAAGGUUUCACCAGACGUCGUUACUUACAGUAUACUUAUUAGAGGUCUCUGUUCUGCGGGUAGAAUUGAAGAAGCAGAUAACAUGCUUGAGAAAAUGAUGAAAGAGGGAAUUCCUGCAAACUCUGUUACAUAUAAUUCACUUAUUGAUGGAUGCUGCAAAGAAGGCAACAUGAAUAAGGCCUUGGAAAUAUGCUCCCGAAUGAUCGAGAACGGUGUAGAACCAAAUGUGAUCACGUUCUCAAUGCUGAUUGAUGGUUAUUGCAAGAUAAGGAACAUAGAAGCUGCUAUGGGCAUAUACUCAGAAAUGGGUAUCAAAAGCCUUUCUCCUGAUGUAGUUGCUUAUACAGCUAUGAUAGAUGGGCAUUGCAAACAUGGUAACAUGAAAGAGGCUCUAAAACUCUAUAAUGAUAUGCUGGAUAAUGGUCUUACUCCAAAUUCUUACACUCUUAGUUGCUUAUUAGAUGGACUUUGUAAAGAUGGCAGAGUCUUGGACGCACUCGAACUUUUCACGGAAAAGGCUGAAUUUGGGACUACAAAAUGCAAGGUUGAUGCAGCAGAAAGCAAGCUUUCCUUCACAAAUCAUGUGGUGUAUACAGCUUUAAUCCAUGGAUUGUGUGAGGAUGGACAAAUUUUCAAGGCAGCAAAGUUGUUUUCAGACAUGAGAAGUUACGGUUUGCAACCAGAUGAAGUAAUUUAUGUGGUCAUGUUAAAAGGUUACUUCCAAGUUAAACGCAUCCUCGACAUGACGAUGCUACAUGCCGAUAUGUUGAAGUUUGGUAUUGUCCCAAACUCGGCCAUCUACUCGACAUUGUCUAAGGGUUAUCGAGAGAGUGGAUUUCUGAAAUCAGCUCUGAAUUGUUCAAAGGAGCUUAAGGAACUAUAUUGUUGAAGCUAUCAAUGGGGAGCCUUUUUCUCAAGUCAUCCAGUUGAUUGCAAUGAAUUGACGGAGAACUUGAAUCCACAUUCUUUUCUCCCUGGAGUGAGUGGAAACUGCUCUCUCAAGUUCUGAUCAUAAUUGGGUAAUUGGGGAAGAGGGGAACUGGUUUUCUGCUGUGAUCAGUGAUUAGAGAAGAGCUUGAGAAACAGAUAUGCUUUUGGAU